UGACCUUAUUUUUAUGUCGCACAUUGCUAUUGAUGUCUUUGUUGUUUUUUCAGAUAUUUAGAUUAAAAUAGGGAUUGAAUAGUAUAUAAGAAAUUGGUGAACCAAAUUAAAAAAGUAAUAUGUCUACACCAGCUAGAAGAAGAUUAAUGCGUGAUUUUAAAAAAUUGCAAGAAGAUCCUCCUACUGGAGUAAGUGGGGCACCGACUGACAACAAUAUAAUGAUAUGGAAUGCUUUAAUAUUUGGUCCAGUUGAUACACCUUUUGAAGAUGGAACGUUUCGAUUGACUAUAGAAUUUACAGAGGAGUAUCCGAAUAAGCCUCCUUCUGUUAAAUUUGCUUCAAAAAUGUUUCACCCAAAUGUUUAUGCUGAUGGCGGAAUAUGCUUAGACAUUUUACAAAACCGAUGGAGUCCCACAUACGAUGUUUCAUCGAUUUUAACGUCAAUACAAUCACUUUUGGACGAACCAAAUCCGAACAGCCCGGCGAAUAAUCAAGCUGCACAAUUGUAUCAAGAAAAUCGUCGAGAGUAUGAGAAAAAAGUUUGUUGCAUCGUUGAGGAAAGUUGGAAAGAAUGUAAUUGUAGAUAUUGAUCCAUUUGGCCGAUUUUAUUUUGUGUGCUUUUUACAUUAUGUUUUAUUGAUACCGUUGUCAAGAUUUUUUCUUUAUUGUAGCAGACAAUACUAUAACUAACUUUGGUAACCGCUUAAAAUUAUCUUUCUAAAAUGUACAGUAAAGGUAUAAGUGAACCACCCAUGCUUGCGCUUGCCAUAAUGGUGUGGUCAUAUCUACGCAUGCUUCAGAAAUAUUUCACCAUAGAAAAGUGGUUGUAUAAUUACGAAUAAAAUUUUUCUGUAUAAUUUCCACAGUAAGCCAUUGUGAAACAAAAUCAUGAUAUGUAUCUACUUGAUGAAAAUGUUGAUAUAAAUUGCACAAAACAUUGUUUUCUGUCCAUAGAUUUAGAUUCUUAAGAUUAAUAUUGGUCUUUCAAUAUAUUGGAAUCCAUGAGAGCCAGACUAUUUGAAACAACGCUAAAAGCUCAUUUGUCUUAAUCAUAACGAAUUUAAAAACAAUGAUAGUUUCCUGGUUUUUCCAUGAGUUGUAUACUUCUAGUUUUUUCUUUACCUCUCAGCACUUUGUUGAAGCCUAAGCUAAACUGUGUGAAUAGCAAAUAUGUAAUAAACACUUAAACACUCAAGAUAUUGGCAUGGACGAUAUAAAAAGAACGUCAUUGUUACAAUUACAAUUAGCUUCUCAAUACCAAAAUCUCAAAUGAAACUUGACUCCCAAGUCCCAAGUGACUUGUCUCCCAAUUAAUGUUUAAAAAUAAUAUUCAAUUUUUGUCUCAAUUUUGCUGGUGAUUAUAUGGAGUGUACUAUUCUGCAAGUUUUCUAGCAUAUUGGAAAUUAUGAUUGUAAAUAUUAUUUAUUAUCAGAAACAAAUGUUUCAUUGGGCUUGCUUGUUUUAUAUGAUGAAAAGCUCACUUUUACACAGUGAAGUUUGAGCCAUCCAUCACCCAUGUUAAGCAAAAAAAAUCUAGUUCAAGGUUUUAUCAAAAAGAUAUCCACAGGCAAAACCAAAUUAAAUCAACACAAAUGAUACUCGCAACAUAGAAUAGUUUGUAUAUUGGAAACUUCUUUGCUCUGUGAAAUAAAUUAUUCUAUUAUGAACUUA